GGGUGGCAACAUUUGGGACAGGUGGUAGCACUGUUGUGUUUACUACCAUACAAAUUACAACAAAAACGAGGGAAAAACAACCCAGCACAAAUUAUGUAUAGAUACGAUUGGAAUUAAAGUCAACAAAAACCCGUUGAAGGAUCUGGGCCAAGUGCAAGAUUGUGUUUCGUUCACGGUGUCACAGUGUUUGUUGGAGAGAGACCGACGAACCAGACAAACCGUCGGUGGCGGCGGCGGCAGAUCAAUUAGCCACGCCUUGGAGCAUCCUUAGUGCAGCUAUGGCCGGUGAUAUGUCCAUAGGCUGUGCCGCUUUAAAGAGAUCAACGAAACUAAAGAGUUGCACAAGUGCCGCUGAUACCGACUCGAUGCAGAUGCCGAACGAGCGCAAAGAAAAUGGCAAUAAUAUGGGAUUAUUGAACCACAAACCACAGAACAUGAGAGGUGGCCUCCGCGUCUAUAAGAUUGUCAUACUUGGGGAUGGCGGUGUCGGCAAAUCGGCUGUUACCCUGCAGUUCGUCAGCCACAGUUUCUUGGACUACCAUGACCCCACAAUUGAGGAUUCGUAUCAGCAACAGGCGGUAAUUGACAAUGAGGCCGCUUUGCUGGACAUACUCGACACUGCUGGACAGGUUGAGUUCACGGCCAUGCGGGACCAAUACAUGCGUUGCGGUGAAGGUUUCAUCAUAUGCUAUUCGGUAACAGAUCGUCAUAGCUUUCAGGAGGCCUCCGAGUAUCGUAAGUUAAUAACACGCGUUCGUUUAUCGGAGGAUAUACCGCUUGUGUUGAUCGCCAAUAAAGUGGAUCUCGAAUCUCAACGACGUGUCACAACCGAAGAGGGCAAAAAUCUAGCGAAUCAAUUUGGUUGCCCCUUCUUUGAGACAUCCGCCGCUUUGCGUCAUUACAUUGAUGAGGCGUUCUAUACGCUCGUUAGGGAAAUACGUCGCAAGGAGAUGCAAAAGGCGCUGGGCACCGACAACAACUCCGAGAAGAUUCACACACGUCAUCGCAGUCGCUGGUGGCGCAUACGUUCCAUAUUCGCUUUGGUUUUUAGACGUAGACGCAACUUGAACUAAAAGACAAAAAUUAAUGGAACAACAUCAAUGUUCAUCUUGACGAUGAAAAUGAAUAUGAAAUUAAGAACGAGAAUGAGAUUGAAGAAUUCGAAAUGGAAACUCUUCGAUUUGCAGUGCAAUAAUAAUCAAUGCGUUAUACUAUAUUUAUUUGGCUAUAUAUACGGUUCGUAUAUAACACAACCAAUCAUAUGUAUGUAGAUGUAUGUGUUGACAUACUAAAAGUCUAAACAUUAUUUUUGAAAAAGCAACAAGAAUUUAUGUAUUUAAUUGUUAUGGCCUAAAUGGCAUUUAACUAAGCGACAUUUGUCAGUGGUUUAAUUAUUUGUUUUUGUUUAUAUUUGUUCUUAUUAAUUUUGUUUAACUAUGCCACUUGUAUUUGUAUUGUUGAGUGGAAUGAUAAGUCAAAUGAUACAAGAUGAGAGAGAUAUAUUCAUAUAUAUAUAUAUAUAUCAAUAUAUUUAAGCACCAAUCCAAAUGAUACAUAUUAGCAAUGCACAUAACGUAUGUAGAAUAAUAUUAUAAGAUUGUUGAUUGAUUCCUAACAAACAAAUUGGCAAACAAACAAACCAAAUAUAAAAGAUGCAUUUAAAUUGAUCGAAAGAAUUCAAAUAAUAAUAAUAAAGUUGAAUCAAAAAACAAUACGAAACGAUACAAAACUGAGUCCUAGCAAAGCCAAUAAGUCAUAGUUUGGGCUAUGUUAAUAUAUUAACGAAAUGGUCAAGUUUAAUUCAGAGAUAGAAUGAGCUUUAAGUCGCAAAACUGUCCAAUAAACAAAUGAAAAGAAACGAAACGAAACACAAGCCAAGAAAUAAGUGUGAAACGAAGAGAAUUAUGUAUUAUGUGCAUGUAUUAUUAUGAUUAUGAUUAUUAUUAAAUAUUACUAAAAGAGCGCACACAUUAACUAAUCGAAUAAAUGUUGAAUUUAAAACGUAUGUAUACUAAGCAUAUAAGAACGAAACGAUCCAAGGGAUUGAUUAUAAUGCACAAAGAGCAAAAAGAAACAUCCAUUGAAUUGUCCAAUGUGAUUUUAACGUACUAUUUACUUGCGUUUUGCAUUUGUUGUUUAAGUUUAUGAAAAUUGCAAAAAUGUUUAAAGUGUUAACGCUUUUAAGUUUAUUUAUUAUAUAUUAUUAUUAUUAGUUAAAAUGUCCUCUGUUUUGUUAAUUACUUUUUAACAUCCAUAAUGUUCUCUAAACAUCACCACGAGUUCCUCUCAUCAAUGUUACUGUACCACAGCACAGUCUACACUAUUUGUUAUAAGACAAUUCGAAAUUGUUACAACAACUUGUCACCAAACCGAUUUAUGUAAAUCAAUUCAAAAACCAAACAAAAUCGAGCUAUGUAAAAUUACAAACCGAAAAAUUGUCAAGUAUACAUUUAAUUAUUUUUUGUCAGUUAAUUAAAUGCGGGUAAAUGAAAGCAAGCUUUC